CAUCUUCAUGCGGGGCGGGGGGCGGGUCUGGCAGCUUGCCUUCCAUCCCCCAGACUGGAGAGCGGACGGACCGCAGCAGUAGCAGCAGGGAGGGAAAGGAAGCGCCGCCCCCAGCGCCCACCUCGGACUCGGAGACGGAGUCCGCUCCAGACGUCGAGAGCAGAGCAGCUUGCUUGCCGAGCUGCCUCCCAGCCCUCGGCAAGUGUCGCGGGAGAGCCUGCAGCAGGCGGCACGGCUGGAGGGAGCGCAGCACGGAGCGGAGGGCGGGGGCUGAUUGUCAGGGCAGGGCGCAGGGGCGAGGUGCGCGCGUGCCACAGCCCCGAGGAAACUUUUCCGGAGGCGGGGUGGUGGAGAUGCUCAACAGAAGCUUUCUUGGCGGGUCGCUUCAGGCAUGCGCGUGCCUCCCAGCUGCUCCUCAGCCAGACUCUCCAGCACCCCAGCCAACGGCUACCUCACAAACGACGACAAGUAGUCGACCUAAUGGAAGGGAAAAGGCGGGAAUCUGUGGAGGGAGAAGAUGUACAACAGCAGUUUCAAGUACAGCUGAAAUGCCUACCAAGAUUAAAAUUGGCCUAGGACAAUUAGAUGUCUCCACAGAGAUCAAACAUGUCCAUCCUGAAAGUCUAACUAUAUCCGUGGAAAAUCAUAUAACUCUUAGUGGAGUUCCAAGUAUGGAUAAUGGACUUGUGAAUGCAUUUAGUUCUGAAAACCUUCACUUGAAGAGUGAUCUGAUUAAACCAGUUGAAGAAGGAUUCCACUCCUCUCAAGAUACCUGCUUAGGUACUGUGCAUGAAACUACAGUUGAUCACUUGAAAUAUACUCAUAAUAAAGAAAAUGAAAAUGCAGUGCUAGAAGUAAGAAUGCAGCCAUGUACACAAGACUGUUGUGAUGAAGUUCAUGGAAAAUAUCUGAGAUUACCAGAACAGACUCAUUCAGAAGAUGCAACGUGUGCUUAUUUACCACAAGUGCAAUUGCACUCGUACAAUAUCCAUUUUCCACCUUCCUUAAUGACACAACAUAGAAAUUCUGUGUUAUCUCUUGGUACCAGCACUCCAGGUGGAGCAGUCAACACAAAUGUAGAAAUGAUACCAAUACUUUUUAAUUCUACAAAUAAAAAUGUAUUGAGGCCAUCAUUAACUCCGGGUGCAAGUGCAAAUAACUGUGCUGCUUGCGACCAAAUCAAAGGAAUGAUUAAUAGUUCCAUAAUGUCACAAGCCUUACCAAGCUGCUCUGGAGAAUCUUGUAAUGGUAUCAGUGCUUUACCUCAGGAUACUGCUCCUGUUUGUGAUGAACUUGCAGAGGUCAGAGAGGCAGUUGUUAGCAUUACAACUAAUAAUUUGGAAGAAUCAGUUUUUCAAAAUUCGAAUGGUGGAGGAACCAGCCACAACCUAACAACUUCACAAUCUGCAAUGGAGGAAUCUGCCAAUUCACACAGAAAUUAUUCCAGUCCUCAAGUGAUAAUCUGCCAGCUGAAGGGUGGUACCCAUAUACUCUGUAUAAACAAUACAGACACAAGAGAAUUGAGAACAGUUCAUUUGGUCCCCCAGUAUCACGACCAGCAUAAGUAUAUUCAGCCAGAUGCAACUAAUGCUGUAGCAUCUGUACUGGGACAGUUUUUGCCGGUUGCAGGUAAACUGAAUAUCUGUGCACAAGAGCUUGAUAAUGGAUCCUUAUAUACAUGCCAUUCAAAUCCAAAUCAUCAAGAGACAACAAAACUGACUUUAGUUGGAUUACCUUUUAGUUCCUGGGAUGCAAAGUCUAAAAAGCCAUGCAACUGCACUAAAUCGCAAUGUCUCAAAUUAUACUGCGAUUGUUUUGCCAACGGUGAUUUCUGUAGUAACUGCAACUGCAAUAAUUGUUAUAACAAUCCGCAACAUGAAAUAGAACGGUUUAAGGCAAUUAAGAUGUCAUUUCCCUGGCUGCAGAUUCGUGAAACCAUGGAUGUUGGAUCCACAGGUAACGAGGCUUGUCUUGACAGAAACCCAGAAGCUUUCCUGCCAAAGAUUGGAAAAGGGAAACUAGGAGAUAUCAAGCCCAGGCAUAAUAAAGGAUGUAAUUGUAAGCGUUCAGGAUGCCUAAAGAAUUACUGUGAAUGUUUUGAGGCUAAAAUUAUGUGUUCAUCUAUCUGCAAAUGUGUUGGUUGCAAAAAUUAUGAAGAAAGCCCAGAUCGAAAAACUUUAAUGAACAUGUCAAACCAUAUGGAGAUUAAAAAUGACUCUGUAUCAUGUUCUAACUUUGAAAUUUUAUCGAAAACCAGAAAAGACAGCCGGCAGUCUAGUACAUGUAUAUCAUGGGAAGUGGUUGAGGCAACAUGUGCCUGUCUCCUGGCUCAAGCUGAAGAGGCAGAAAAAGAAGCUUACUCUAUUUGCUUAGCAGAACAAAUGAUCUUAGAAGAAUUUGGGAGAUGUCUGUCACAGAUUCUGCACUCCGAAUUUAAAUCCAAAGGGUUGAAUGUUGAAUAAUGUACCUUAGCUACAGAAACAUGAGCUGAAAUUGUGUUAGAGAUAGAUAGCCUUUGAUAUGCAAUGAUUAACUUAAUUAAUUUU